AGCGGCGGCCGCGCUGUCAGGGCCGGUGUCGGUGUGAUGAAGAUUGGCGGGCAGCCUGGAGCAGGUGAUGGAGGAGCAUCCCAGGCAUCCCUGUGGACAGCAUCUCCCACUCCAGCGGUUUUUUUCCUCCUGAUAGCUGGCACACAGACCCGGGUUGUAGCAGUAACGCUCAGUGAGAUCUUGCACAGAGGAGUCACCAUCCCCCAGGAGUGGAAAAGGACGGGCCAGGACUGUGCCGACCUCCAUCCGUUGUGGGUAGACCAUCAGUUGUGAUUCCUACCCAGAAAAUCUAGUUUUCAGGGAGGUGGGAGGACAAUUCCAGGGCAGUGGCUACCCGAGCACCCCACAAACAGUUCUCGAUGUGAGUCCCACCCAGGAUGCACCAUGUCUCCCCAGCACCGGCUUUGACUAUGAUGGCCACCCAGACAGUGCCUCCUUCUCCCUAUCAAGACACCCCACAGAUGACAGCCACAGCCCAGCAGCCCACCAAGGCACAGCCUGUGCACCUCGCCACGCCAGCGGCGGCUGCCAACACACCGGUGCCAGCCACGGGCGGCGACCCCCAGGCGCAGCUGGAGGCCGACAAGAGGGCUGUCUACAGGCACCCACUGUUCCCGCUGCUGACGUUGCUCUUUGAGAAGUGUGAGCAGGCGACGCAGGGCUCUGAGUGCAUCACCUCAGCCAGCUUUGACGUCGACAUCGAGAACUUUGUCCACCAGCAGGAGCAGGAGCACAAGCCCUUCUUCAGUGAUGACCCCGAGCUGGACAACCUGAUGGUGAAGGCAAUCCAGGUGCUGCGCAUCCACCUCCUGGAGUUAGAGAAGGUCAAUGAGUUGUGCAAGGACUUUUGCAAUCGCUACAUCACCUGCCUCAAAACCAAGAUGCACAGUGACAACCUACUCAGGAAUGACCUGGGGGGGCCCUACUCCCCCAACCCCUCCUCCAUCAGCCUCCACCCCCAGGAGAUGCUGCAGAGCUCUCCGGCAGCCCUGCCACCCGCGUCCAACCCUCCGCCGGGCAUUGUGGUGCCAGCGGCCGCGCUGCCGCCCGGCAACCUGGCCAUGAGCACCGCCAGUGGCUCCCCCGCCGUGCCAGGUGGAGCCUUGUACCAGCCUGUGACGAUGGUGACGUCGCAGGGCCAGGUCCUUGCCCAAGCCAUCGCCCCCGGUGCCCUGCAGAUCCCCAACGCCCAGGUGAACCUGGAUCUUACCUCCCUCCUUGACGGUGAGGACAAGAAGUCCAAGAACAAACGGGGCGUCCUGCCCAAACAUGCCACCAACAUCAUGCGCUCAUGGCUCUUCCAGCAUCUCAUGCACCCCUACCCCACAGAGGAUGAGAAGAGGCAAAUUGCUGCCCAAACCAACCUGACCCUCUUGCAAGUCAACAACUGGUUCAUAAAUGCCCGGAGACGCAUCCUGCAGCCCAUGCUCGAUGCCAGCAACCCGGAUCCUGCCCCCAAAGCCAAGAAAAUCAAAUCCCAGCACCGGCCCACGCAGAGGUUCUGGCCCAACUCCAUUGCUGCCGGGGUCCUGCAGCAGCAGGGCGGCAAUUCAGGGACAAAUCCUGACGGCUCGCUCAGCAUGGACAACCUCCAACCCCUUUCAUCGGCCACGGCCACCAUGGCCAUGCAGCAGGCCAUGCUGGCAGCCCACGAGGACUCCCUGGACGGCACUGAGGAAGAAGAGGAGGAUGAGGAGGACGAGGACGAGAUGGAGGAGGAGGAGGAAGAGGAGGAAGAGCUGGAGGAAGAGCCCGGUGGCCUCCCAGCAGCACCUGGCACUGAUCUCGGCUUGGACCACAGUGACUCGCUGGAAUAGCUCCUCCUGCAGCCACCCCAAAUCACUGACACCACCAGACACAAAAUUCCCUCCCUCAAAAUGCCAAAAUCAAACAAAAAAGGCAAGAACAAAAAAAUUCGCGAGAGAAAAGCAAACUGGCGGCGCCGGUGGCUGCCCCGGCUGCGCACAGGAGCACGGGCACCACCCUGCCAGCGCGUGGAAGUGAAAGACACAUGUUUACAAGGCACAUAUUGUGGCCAAAUUAAUCUUUUAUUUCAGGUUUUAUCUUUCAUUUUCCCCUUCAUUUUUUUGGUGAAGCAGAAACGUUUUUAGGGAACGGUGUUUCCCCCGCGCGAUGCUCGGAUGCCGUUGGGCGACGGCAGGUUUUCUGCAGUGGGCCACCCCGUCCACCCCUUGGAUUUCUUGGUGUGAAGGAAAACCACACCAACCCCAGGACUUAAUGCUUUUUGGGUUUUUUUCCCCCAAGAAGAUUAUUCACAAGCAUAAACAUGGGCACAGAGGGGGAAGAGAAAUAACCGGCGAGUGCAAGUUCUGCUGAAUCUGAGGAGGGCUUGGUGCUCCACCCACUGGGUUGCCCAAACCCCCCCACUUUGCCCCCAGUGCUGCGGCUGUUUGGUGACUCCGGACACAACUUUCUGGAAAAGGGAGGACACUCCUCCAACUCCUUUAAUUUAUGUGCUAAAACCCCAUUGAAUCUGGAAAAAAAAACCCAACUCACCCCAUUCUCAUCCUUAAGGGAUGCAGAGCUGGGGCAAAGGCUGUUGGGAGUGAAACUUUUCCAAGGAGCUUUGGUGCUGAUUCAGGAAAAAAUAGGGAAAAAGAUGAGUUUAAAAAAUGCAAGAUUUCACCCAGAAUUGGAUGGUGACCCCCUCCCCCCCCCGCCUGGGUUCGCAUGGGUGGAAGGAAUCUCAAUAUUGUUGCUUGAAAGAUGGUUUCUCCCUGGAAUUUUCCCUCCACGUGGGAAAAUGGUGCAGUUUUAGCACCAUGGGGGGAGGGCAACAGCCAAAACCCCUGAAUUUGCAUUCUUUUUUUUAUUUCCAAAUGCCAACAAAAGGGUCUGUUUCACCUUAAAACAUGGCAUGGGAGGAAAACGCAAAAGCAAAACAGGGCAAAAAAUAAAGAAAUUUUCUUCUGCAGGUUCCUGCUCUAAAUGUAGGAUUCUAUAAGAAGGAUAGUUUUCUUUGUGGCUUUUUGCCCGUAUUGUCCUUUUUCUUUUUUUUUUUUUGGCUCUUAAAGGGUUGAUUAAAAAAACCCAAACAGGAGCCAGGGUAAAAACCACGAAUGAUGCAAUAGGCAGAAAAGCCUAUUUUUCAGUACUGAUCUGGUGUGAAUGUAAUCUGUAAUUUCAUAAAGGAUUCAUUGUAAUUUAGUAUUAAUUCCAGGCCAUUUAUUAUAAAGUGCUACGAGAUGAGGGGUUGCAGCUGUAUUUUCUUGGCAGCUUCUUCCUGUGAGCAGAGAAGAUCCAAAAUGCUGGAAUAACUUCCCCACCCAAUGGGUGAAUGGACCCAAAUUGGUAGUUAAGUGAUGUGGAGAAAAUUUGAUUUAUACUUCCUUAAGUACAGUGCCCCAAAAAUGAGAGAUGCCCCUCCACCCCAAGUGAGCUCCAACAGGAUUUUGCCCACAAAUUAAUUAUACCCCCCCCUCCCAAAUCAGUGAUGGUUACCCCAAAAUGAGCUGUGUUCUCCAAAAAUGAGUGAUUCUUCCCCCAAAAGAGUGAUCUUCCCUAAAACAUUAAACACAACCCCAAAAUGGGUGAUGCUCAGCCCCAAAAUGAGUUAACAGUCUCCAAAAAUGAGGGAUAUUCUUCAAAAUCCAGUGGUGAUCCAAAAGGGGCAAAUAUCCCCCUGAAAUGGGUGAUUCUCCCCAAAAUGAGUGUUCACCCCAGAAUGUGUGAUGUUCACCCAGAAUGAGUUGUAUUCUCCAAAAAGAAUAAUUCUCCCCCAAAAGAAGUGAUGCUUCCCGAAGAGGAGUGACCCACCCCAGAAGGGGUGAUGCUGCCUCAAAAUAUGUUGUGCUUUCCAAAAAUGAGGGAUGUGCCCCCAGCAAAAAGUAGUAUUUUCCAGAAAUGAAUGAAGCUCUCCCCAAAAGAGGGAUGCUCCUCCAAAAUGAAGGGAUUUUUUUUUCAAGUGGUACCCAGACAUGAUCUUCUCAAAACCAUGACGUUUCCCCCAAAUGAACAAUUCUCCCCCAAAAUGAGCAAUAAUCCCCCAAAUUAGUGACAUGCCCCCAAAACUGGUGAUCCUCCUGGAAACGAGUGACUCUCUUAUAAAAGUGCCUUCCACCAAAAUGACUGAUUCUGCCCUACAAUGAACGACAACACUCCAAAAAUGAGCAAAGAGUCCCCAAAUUAGGGACUCUCUCCAAAAAUGAGUGACAAACCCAAACCAGAGCAAUUCUCCGCCAAAAGAAGCCCCCCCAUUUCCUAAAAAGCCAUUGCUAAUUAAUGUGUUGAUAUUUUGGGGGGGGAAAAAAGGUGAUUUUUGCAGUUUUUAGCAGAAAAUGGGGCUGCAGAAAAGUGUAAAAAAAAAAAGGGGAAAAA